AUGGGAAAAACGUUCACUGAAAAAGCAAGUUUGGCCAUUAAACUUGCCAAUUUAAAUAGUAACCAAUUAAAGUUGCUUAAAAAUCCACCUAUAUCUGGUGUGUCAAUAGAUGAUUUUCUUCCAAAAAAUAGACCAAGACGAAAAUCUUCAGUUGUAAAAAAGGCAAAAAAUCUAAAUUAUGCAAAUCAGUUUAUUCUGUACCGUAGAUAUUAUGAAAAGCUUGAAAGAACAAAAAAUUCGGGGAAAAAACUUCCAAAAAUUUCAGAGGCCGCUGGACGAGAAUGGGAAAAUAUUAAAACAACAAAACCUGAAAUAGUUGAAUACUUUAAAAUAAUAUCGCUAAUUAACAAGGAGUAUAAAAAAAUGAUUUGUCUCGAAGUUGAUGAUAAAGUAAAUUAUAAAUGGAAACCAUACAAUGCUCCAAAUAAUAAUAAUGACAGCAACAUUAAUAACAUUGCACAUCCGUCCACAUCGUCAUCUCCCACAACAACAUCUCCCACAUCGUCAGCACUUUUAAGCGAUGGGACUGAGCCUAGAACAACAGGAUGUACUCAACAACCAGAUAUUAUACAAUCUGAAAUUAUUAACCAUGGAUGGUUUGCUAAUGGUGUUAGCAUUGAACCAGAAUCAACCCAACUUCAAUUAAUCUGGGAAUUUUUGAAAGAAAUUGAUAAGAUACAGACAGUGAAAGAACGAUUAUUUUUGUCUAAUGUAAUAUGUGAAGCGAUGGCAAAGAUCACUAAAUUCGAAUUUUUUUGCGGACGUAAAAGGAGUAACCACACUAAAGAGGGCGAAUCAAUUCAUCCAAUUUUACAAAUAUUAUUAAAAAGAGCAGGAAUGAAGAAACGAAGAUUGACUACCGUCCAAGCUAGCGAAGGCGAACUAUUAACAUGA